AGCUAAAUCAUCCAGUGGUCUCACCCAGUUCAUUCAGCUUUCAAUUUUAAAGCAAGCACAAUGCCCGCAGAAGUCAAGGACAAGAAUGGCGAGCCGAUUAAAGAAGGCGACCAUGUCUUUGCCCGCUCGCGCGGUGGGAGGCACGAGGGCGAGGUCGAGAAGGUUGUCACAUCCAAGGAAGAGUCUGAGAAGGAGGGAGUAAAGCACCCGCCCAAGGUGUUGUUCACCGACCAGCAUGGACAUCAUGUCCAACACAAUCCCGGCACACUGCAGCAUGGGGAGUAUGAGAAAUGAAUCAGGAACAGCAUUGGCGAAUAUCAAGGGGCGGAGGAUACUCCGAUGCAGUGAAGGAGCCGGCCUUGGAAAUUGCAUCGCGAUGAAUAGGCCUUGUCUCAACAAUGAACCCUAGUCUACCUUGAACCUUGUAGGGUGCAGUGAGAAGAGACCUAGAUGAGUCGAAAUGAACCGGCUACUUGCUGCCUUGACCAUCCGCCGAAGCCUGAGAGGGUAACGAAUGGAGUGCCAGUUGUCCAUC